GAGAGAGAUGAAGCAGUGAUGGAGGUGGUGGAAAAAUUAAGGAAGAUGAGGAGGAGGAGGAACCAACCAAAGCCAUAAAUUUUCUUUUGGUCCGGAAACUGAAACCAAAUCCAUGAAUGAAGGGGAGUUAAAUUUAGACAAGCGGGCGGGUUUUAAGUAGCGCAUUAACCGGCUUGCGUUCCUGCGUUGUGAGAUUGUCAUAACAAACACCAACCCAACAAAAAAUAUAUAUAUUAAUUAGUAAUUCCCAACUCCCAACCGCCGCCGCCGCCCGCCGCCGCCGCCUCGCACACCUGUUGACAGGACAUCUCCGACGCCACCGCAUUGUCCUUUCAGCAACUCCGACAUCCACCUAAUCUACAGCCUUUUCGCGCAACUGAACCAUAAGAAGAAAGACACAAGAAAUUUUAAAAAAUAAAAAUAAAAGAAGAAGCAUUAUUUUUUUUGUUUUCCCAGGAUUUGCUUCGGUCGGUUUGUUGUGCGCCCAACUGGUUGCCGGACUUGGUCUCGCCGUCGCAUUGCGUGUUCUGGCUCUUCUCAUUCGCCGUUUCAGGAGAAGGAUCCAUCGUUCUAGCUGCUCGUCGUGGCCGUUCGACACUUGCGCUUGAUCGCGCCUCUGCAUUGUGAAAAGAUUGCAUGGAGUUUCGUGUUCCGGCGAUCUGGAGAGACCCUGGGGCUCCAGCCGAUUCUUUCUACGAGGUCCGGGCGGAAUGCACCGACGUUCCCAAGACGCGCUUCAGGAUCAAGGCUGGGAAAACUUUGAGCGCAAGAAAAUGGCAUGCCGCAUUUUCUCCAGAAGGAUACCUGGAUAUAGGCAAGACUUUGAGCCGAAUUCAACAUGGGGGUAUUCAUCCAUCAAUUAGAGGAGAAGUAUGGGAAUUUCUACUUGGGUGUUAUGAUCCAAAGAGCACAUUCGAUGAACGUGAACAGAUACGGCAACGUCGAAGGGAUGAAUAUGCAAGGUGGAAGGAAGAGUGCCGCCAAAUGUUCCCUCUUGUUGGAAGUGGUAGGUUUAUAACCGCGCCUAUAAUUACUGAGGACGGUAAGGCAAUCUUGGAUCCUAUCGUACUCCUCCAAACAAACCAACAUGGAGCAGUUUUGACUCCUCAAAAUACUUCUCAUGCCGCAACUGGCAUAGCGACGAACGGAACUGCGCUGGAAACAGUACAAGAAUCCUCAAGCCAUGUAAUUUCGGACAAAAAAGAAAUCCAAUGGAAGCUCACAUUACAUCAGAUAGGUCUCGAUGUUGUUCGAACAGACAGGCCGUUGGUGUUCUACGAAAAGCAAGAAAACUUGUCAAAACUUUGGGACAUUCUAGCAGUUUAUGCCUGGAUAGACAAAGAUGUUGGCUACUGUCAAGGAAUGAGUGAUCUUUGCUCCCCAAUGAUAAUGCUUCUUGACGAUGAAGCUGAUGCAUUUUGGUGCUUCGAACGGUUAAUGCGCAGAUUGCGAGGAAAUUUCAGAUGCACCGAGAGCUCUGUUGGGGUGGAGGCACAACUUACUAACUUGGCUGCUAUUACUCAAGUUAUCGAUCCGAAACUUCAUCAGCAUAUAGAAACACUGGGUGGAGGAGACUAUCUUUUUGCUUUCCGAAUGAUUAUGGUUUUGUUCCGUCGAGAAUUUUCAUUUGGUGACUCUUUGUAUCUUUGGGAGAUGAUGUGGGCCUUGGAAUAUGACCCAGACUUGUUCUCUAUGUAUGAAGAGCCCGAUUUAGCUGGUGAAAAAGCUGACGGGUGUAAAGGAAAAGCCAAGUCAAUACGACAGUGUGGGAAGUUCGAGAGAGAAAAUAUGAGAAAUGGAGCAAAGAACUCUGAUGCCCCUCUUCCCAUCUCGAUUUUCCUUGUUGCCAGUGUCUUGAAGGACAAGAGUGCAGUGCUCUUGCAAGAAGCUCGUGGCCUGGAUGAUGUCGUUAAGAUUCUAAAUGAUAUGACUGGAAAUCUGGAUGCAAAAAAGGCCUGCAGUGGGGCUAUGAAACUUCACAAGAAGUACUUAAGAAAGGCUAAGAAGACAUAGCCAAAACUGAAGCAUCCUUGAGAUUUGAUGGAAAAAAAGGAGGAACUGUUCAUGAUGUGCAUCGAUUUUUGGUGGAGAAUUUAUGUUUCGAUGCUUCUUGAUUCUGGCUCGGACGUGAUAUAUCUGUGGAUUCACGUGUCACGGUCAGCUUAUGAUUCCGGAGUUGUACAAAUAUCGUGUAUAUCUCUGUAUUUCUAAAAGAAAGACUAACAAAAGACAACUGCUUACUCAAACUGAUACCUAUUUUGUAUAUCAGUUCCUCAAAUAAUCCAUAUCUCCUUUGGAGCAAUCUCUAAUAAAAACAGUUCCCAAAUGUGUUUUUUCUUCCAAAAGUAAUUUAGGACAAAAGUGGU